AUGGCAUGUACCAAUUUGGAAAGAGCAACAAGGUCCGCGGAACUACCUAGGGAAGAAAUGGAAAAGAUAUGGAACUACUUUUGUGCUCACUAUGCUGCAUGUCCCACAUCGGCUGGUUAUAUUUACAUUGAAGGUUUUAUAAAGAGACGGAGUGGGUGA